CUGCAUCAAAAAAAGUAUUGUGUUUAUUCCUGAUAAUCUGACGUCAAUCAAGUGGUAACCCAAGAAAACAGUCUUCUCAGACCUCAAGCCACUCGGACAGGUCUGUGACAAGUCUGCGUUUCAUUACUGUCCUCGAGUGUUUUUAUAUACGGUGAAACCCUGAGAGGCAAAAAGGCUGUACAUCGGGCUUCAUACGGCUGAGCGGCGCAACAGGCUCAGCUUUCUGUGAAUCGUCUGUUUCACCGGAAUCUCUACGCGUGAAUCAACAUGUUGACGAGUAAUGUACAAGUUUUGUUUGUUUGAUGGAUCAACUGAAGAAACCGCUUCUGUUGGUAUUUUAUGGCAAAGGGAUUGCAGACACGCAUUCACGUCCGAUGCAAAGAUUUAUUGUUGUACUCGUUUCCGAAAAGGUGCGACGCUGCUACCGUGCGUGUGGUCAAUGCGCGGUAUGCCCGGUUUUUCGUCCAAGAAGAAAGACGAAUUAUAUGGCAAAUGUCGCUAGUUGGAAGCUUAUGCUACCGAGGAACUGCUAUGCAGUUGCGCAUCGUGUUGUUCAUCGCCUUCAAUAUGAGUGCGAACAUGUCCGGCGGUUACAGGCUCCGGUUGAGCCCGUCUUGUGAAAAUAGGAAACUGUGGUCGCUCAUUCGGAAGUGGGUAUGUUUGUGUACGAGUUCAAGAUUGCUCUCUUCUAUUCAUGCAGUGCUUAUGAGAGAAGCAGUAAUUCAUCAGCCAAGCCCACGUCGUUCGGGGCGGACGGUGCUCUAGGAAAUAACUCUCGGUUUUCGGCGAAUGCAUGAAGCAAAUGCCGAGAAAUGUCGGACGGUGUCAGGGAAAGACCGGAGUUUUGGAAUGGUUUUGUUUCUUUUCGUGUGCAUAUCGCGCACUGUAGAGUAUUUCCCAGUUUUUUCUGCAGUAGACAGGCAGACCUCGGUGAUGAACAAUGAAGUUUUCCCACCGCCACAUUGACUAAGUUUUCCAAAGAAUUGCCAACGAGGAAAAUCACAGCCAACACUCGGUCACUCACACCGUGGACGAGACAGACUACCGAAUAUGUUGUCAGGAUUGGUUUUGUUUUUAUUUUUUAUUUGCUGUAGCGUCACCGUGAGGUGAGGUUGCUUUGGAGAUGAAGAGACUUGCAGUCAAGGAAGAUUGUUGACCCUGGCGUACGCGCUGCUACGGCAGGAAGCGGGUCACGAGAAGCCGGAUGAACAGAGAUGUAGGACGCACUGACUACUGUGACAGAUAAGUAUCGUUGGUUUCAUAUAUUUAAUGAGUUUGCUGUAGGUGACAGAACCCGUCAACAGAGCAGUGUCUGUACCAGCACGGUUGUCCGCGCCACAUGAAAAACAGUCCCUAUGAAAACGCGGUCAUCUGCGCCAUUAGCAUGAGGUCGCUUGCAGCAAGCACUCAGGAGAAUCCUGCGGCUAAGGAGUCUUCACUGGUGAAGUCAAAUUCUGGGCUAGAUCUCUACAGCUCUUUUGCAUGAGGCAGAUUUUGUGCGCCUCCGUUUGUACACCUGCACGACUACCGCACCUUCCAGUAAGGGAGGUAAUGUAACUUCCCUCACACUUGUACAUAGUGGACCACGUUGGCUGAUAGCUUGGUGUAGUGACCCCUCCUGUCUCCAACUUGGCACCAGUUUGUUUGUUUAAAGUCUUUCCAUUCGAUUCACCGUCCAACAGUCCCCGGCACCCUUGCCAACCAGACUGCAUGCGCAUCGACGGUAACAGCAGCGCUCGCGAGCCACAUGGCCACGCCACGAUGCACGUUACGUUUUGAGAAAAAAUCUCAAGUCGGAGGCUUAAAAUAGGGG